CCGCCAACCAGAGCGCCAACCUGCGACCGUGACCUGAACAAGCAAACCUCGCUAGACUACGGGCAUCGAACAGCUCUCAUCACCACAGCUACUCUUCCACCGCGCCCUCGCGAUCAGCAAUUCUCAAAGUUUCAUACUUUCACCAACAUCUUACCGGCUUUUAUUACCCUGUUCGACGAUUCCAAUACCGCCGCGAUGCCUUCCGAGUACUGCCCCGUCUACGCCCCCUUCUUUGGUGCCAUGGGCUGCACCUGUGCCAUUGUCUUCACCUGCCUGGGUGCCUCGUACGGCACUGCCAAGUCGGGUGUCGGUAUUGCCGCAAUGGGUGUCCUCCGCCCUGACCUUAUCGUGAAGAACAUUGUUCCCGUCAUUAUGGCUGGUAUUAUUGGUAUCUACGGUCUCGUCGUCUCUGUCCUGAUCUCCGAUGGUCUGAAGCAGGAUCUCCCCCUGUACACCGGUUUCAUCCAGUUUGGCGCCGGUCUGUCUGUCGGUCUUGCCGGUCUGGCUGCUGGCUUCGCCAUUGGUAUUGUCGGUGACGCUGGUGUGCGAGGAACCGCCCAGCAGCCCCGUCUCUUUGUUGGCAUGAUUCUGAUUCUCAUUUUCGCUGAAGUCCUGGGUCUCUACGGCCUCAUUGUGGCUCUUCUGAUGAACUCGAAGGCAUCGGCAGAUGUCUUAUGCUAAAUGGGCGACCGACCCCACGAUUACCGGGACACGACCAAUGUCGAGUAGUUUCGCCAUCGGUCGCUCAGUCUACGCGCAAAUACGUCGGUCCCGGCAUGCGAGCAUUGACAAGCAGUCGACAGAACCACGUUCGACGAAAGCAGGGGAGUGAGGGAGCGAGUGAUGGGUUGUGGCCUACGACCGUGCACGUCCAAGUGCCCAUCGUGCAGAUCACGUACUAGCAUGGAAUGAUCGAAAUGUAUACUAGUCAACGCGCAUUUUGUAACCUCGAGAAAGUGGAAGUGGCAUUUCAUCAUAGACCGGAAUGAGGAGGAGGAUUGUAGUUCACCGGCUUUAUACUACCACGUUUGUGUUUGCCAAGUAGUAUACAGCCCCUCUCUCACCGUACGUUCGCCUUUGGUGUAGUGCCUAGGUUUCGGCUGUUCAGUGCUGGUAUCGCAAGCGCAUAUGAUCUCUGUGUAA